CUUAAUGUCAAUUCUCUUUUGAUUUUUCAACAAUAUGCACUUAGACCACUCAAACAACUACCACUAAACCACUUAAACAACCAGCAAUGGAUGUAUCUGCCAUCAUUCUGUUGUUCUGCUUCACUUUUUCAUCCACCUUGAUAAACCCUGUUGCAGAAGACACAAUAACAGCCCAUCAGACCAUUAAGGACGGCGAAACCAUCGUUUCAAGCGGGGGAGAAUUUGAGCUGGGAUUUUUCAGCCCUGGUAGUUCUACGAAUCGAUAUCUGGGUAUCUGGUACAAGAGAAUAUCCAAGGGGACUGUUGUAUGGGUUGCUAACAGGGAUACUCCUAUUAGUAAUUCUGCAGGUGUUUUAAGGGUCAAUGACAAGGGAAUUAUUUUGCAGACAGAUGACAGGAUCAUAUGGUCAUCGAAUAUUAACAUAUCGGUGAAGAAUCCUGUUGCAAGACUAUUAGAUUCAGGGAAUUUGGUUGUAAGGGAUGGUGAUCAUGGUAUGAAAAAUGCAGGGGAUUUUAUUUGGCAGAGUUUCGAUCAUCCUGUAGAUACAUUGCUCCCUGGCAUGAAAUAUGGAAUAAACUUGGUGACUGGCCUAGACACCUACUUUACAGCAUGGAAAAGUGUUGAUGAUCCAUCCACGGGGAGGUUCAGUAAACGACUUGAUCCUAAUGGUUUUCCGCAGUAUUUUCUGUUGAAAGGUUCUGUAAAAUGGUCCAGGAGUGGACCAUGGAUUGGUGGCCAGUUCAGUGGGUAUCCAAAGGGUAAUCCAAAUGGUAUAUAUUUAGACAAGUUUGUUUUCAAUGAGAAGGAAAUUUAUUACCAGUUUGAUCUCGUCAAUAGAACUUCUGCUGUGAUAAGGUUCAUGUUAUCUCCCAAUGGAGAAAUUAAGCUUCUUGUGUGGAAUUAUCAAAAUCAAAUUUGGAAGGUAUAUGUCACCUUGACCAUCACUGACUGUGAUCGUUAUGGAUUUUGUGGUGCUUAUGGUAUCUGUAACAUUAACAGCUCACCGAGAUGUGAAUGUAUGAGAGGAUUCGUUCCUAAAUUCCCAGAGAAGUGGAAGGCAGUAGAUUGGUCUAGUGGAUGUGUUCGCGAGAAAAAACUAGACUGUGAGACUGAAGCAGGGUUUAUAAAAUAUUCUGGUGUGAAGUUGCCAGAUACACGACACUCAUGGUAUGAUAUGAGAAUUAGUCUGGAAGAAUGUUACAGGCUGUGUCUGAAAAACUGUUCGUGUACAGCUUAUGCGAAUGCAGAUAUUAAGCGUGGAUGCAUUCUAUGGUUUGAUGAUUUAAUUGAUGUUUUAGGCUACGCAGAAGGACAAGAUUUAUAUGUCAGAAUGCCAAAAUCUGAAUUAGAUAGUCAGGGACUCGAAGCUAAGAGGCAUAUAUGGAUCAUUCUAUUUCCCUUCGCAAUUGCUCUAGUGAUAUCCCUAUAUUUGUUUAGAAAGAGAAAACAGAAGGGAGAAGAAAAAUUGAAAUCCAGUUCAGAAGGUGUUGCCUUGAACAAUAUUGAGAGUGAAGAUUUGGAGUUGCCUUUAGUGGACUUUCAAAUAAUUGCAAAUGCCACAGAUAACUUCUCCCCAGAUAAGAAGCUUGGAGAGGGAGGUUUUGGACCCGUCUACAAGGGCCUGCUGAAGAACGGACAAGAGAUAGCAGUCAAAAGGCUUUCGAAGAACUCUGAUCAAGGACUAGAUGAGUUCAUAAAUGAAGUUUCUUGUAUUGCAAAACUUCAGCACAGAAAUCUUGUGACACUUCUUGGUUGCUGCACAGAAAAAGGAGAAAGAAUAUUGAUAUAUGAAUAUAUGGCUAAUAAGAGUUUAGAUGCUUUCAUUUUUGAUGAAGAAAUAGGAAAAUCAGUGGACUGGCCAGAACGAUACAACAUAAUCAUUGGCAUUGCUAGGGGGCUUCUAUAUCUUCAUCAAGAUUCAAAGCUGAGAAUCAUUCAUAGAGACCUCAAAGCUAGUAAUAUUUUACUUGACCAUGAGAUGAAUCCAAAGAUUUCAGACUUUGGCAUGGCGAGAUGUUUUAAAGGAAGUCAAACUGGAGCAAAUACAUCAAGAAUUGUUGGGACAUACGGUUACAUGCCCCCUGAGUAUGCUAUUGACGGACAGUUCUCUAUCAAAUCUGAUGUAUAUAGCUUUGGUGUUUUACUCAUAGAAAUAGUGAGUGGACAGAAAAACAGAUUAUUCAGUCAUCCUGAUCACAGCUUCAACCUACUCGGGCAUGCAUGGAAGAGUUAUAAUGAAGGUAAGCUUAUAGGGCUAAUCAAUAAGGCGAUCCUGGAGUCAACUAACCAGAAAGAAGUGUUUCGUGUUAUCCAAAUUGGACUCCUUUGCGUUCAGGAGGAUCCGAUAGACAGGCCAGUUAUGUCCCAGGUGGUUCUGAUGUUGAGCAGUAAGAUGAAACUGCCUCAUCCCAAGAAACCUGGUUUCUUCACGGAGAGAAAAUUUCAUGACAGAGAUCAUUUAUUGAUCAACUUUAGUUCAUCAGGCAACAAUUUGACAAUCACCUCUAUUCUGCCUCGACAAUAGUCUUUCCACGUGCAACCUUGAUGAGUUAAGAGAUUAAGAAAUUGAGCUGUCCUGAUGGUUCGAACCAAACAAGCAAGUGAUGAUGAACCAGCAUAUAUGGAUAGCCAUCUGUUUUCAACAUGAAAUAUUGGGUAAUUCUUGAGCAUUAUUCUUUAAUUUUCCUAGUUUAGUCAUUAGUGUGACCAGUACUAAGUGCCUGUUUGCCCACGAGUACUUCUGGCUUUUUUCGAUAAGAAACCGGCUUCUACUUUUCUUGACCCAUUUGUGUAAAAAGUCAGAAGUACUUAUAAGAAGUUGAAAAUGCUGUUUUUUUUUCCAGGGUUUCUACUUCUUUCCCAAACAGUUUAAUGACUUAUAAGUCUUAAUUUACUUCUCACUUCCAGUUCACUCUUUUACUUGAAGCAAUAAGCACUUUUUUUAAGCUUACCCGAACGGCCCCUAAAUAUGGCACUCUUUACCUGUAACUAUUGAAGAUACAGUCAGGGUUCAACUCAUAUCUGUUGCUACAAAUUUGAAAAUAGUGCCUCGUUUAUUUAGAUGGUUAACGUUAUAAAACAUAAGGAAAAUGCUUGGUGCACAUAAUUGUGUACAAAAACAUGUACAUAAUGACAUGUGGCAGAUUUUAAUUAGAUGGCCCCCCUGCAUUUACACCAACCACCCCAAUUAAAAUCCACCACAUCAUUUGCCACAUCAUUAUGUACAAAUUUUCUGUACACAAUUAUGUGCACCUAGCACUGCUCAAAACAUAAACCCUGAAGCUGAACCCAUCAGCACUAUAUGAGAAUUUUUGUUACAUUGCUUAUUACAGUGACAUAUUAUCCAUACAUGUAUAAAUUUAACCACUGUGAUAUUAAUUUGUUCGCUUAUUAUAUCUUUUUAUGCUUUAAAACAAUAACGAGAUUUAUGCUUAUAAUUAUACACAUGCACAUGUCAUGCAUAGUUGAGUCACUUUUUAUUCCAUUCAGCAAACAAACACAGAAGUACUGGAUCUUAAGCAUCACUCGCCCAGCAACAUAAAAGUACUUGUCACACAAUUAACAUACACCAGAAAGUCAUAGAAAUCACACACUCACACUCACACACAUAGACGUGAUUAAUUUGCAAUGAGAUAGGCCUCAACAGCCUUGAAUACUGAUAUGUUCUGCUCCUCGGAAUACUUAAUGUUCUCUUCUGGGACCACAGCAUCACCUUUGGUGUGGAAUAUGGUCGUAGUCUUGGUGGUGCUUCCUCCGUCAGCAUCUGGCACAACGACAAGAUGAGUUUCAACUUUGUCAAUGAGACCCAACAGAACGUCUCCAUCGAUGAUGCUGUAUUCGACGGUGCAUGCCUCCUUGUCCAGGGCAUCAGUUCUAAGGGUCAUUGUGGUGAUCGGGCCACCUGAAUAUUCAUACAAGUACAUAAAACUAAUUUAAUGAGAUUUAUUAAUAUACAUUUUAUAUGAACCUACGUACUGAUAACCAAGUAGUUGAUAUAUAUAGAAGAAACUAACCAUCAGGAAGAGUGAUGUGUUUGAUGGUUCCGACUCCACCAUCACCUUUGAUUUCGACAUUUUUGUAAGCCCCGGGAGCAGCCUUGGGGAAAAUGGUAUCAACAUCGACGAUCAAGCCAUAGAAUAUUUUCUCUGCUGAUAGAGAGGAGGUAAUUUCUUGUUCGUGCUUCUGGAGACCCAUGAUUUUUUAGGAGAAUGAAAGUUGAAUAUAUGAG